AUGAAUGAAGAAGCGUUCAGUGCUGAAUACUUCCAGCACUUGCUAAGUUCGCUAACCCUAAAUUCAAGAGCAUUGAUUGCGGAGCUCACAAGUUUGGCAGAAAGAUUUGUCGAUAACGCUCAAGAAAUCGUUGAGCUCAUCGAUGAAAGGAUAAUGAAGAUAUUGCCGAAAUACAAACUUUGCUCGUUCUACUUGAUGGAUUCCAUAAUUAAAAAUAUCGGAAAUCCAUAUAAUUUAUUGUUUGCUACUAAUCUAUUCAAAAACUUCACGGAAUCAUACUUGAUAAUAGAUGAUACACCUACCAGACAAAAUUUGAUCAACUUAUUCAAGACUUGGGUAACUGGGAAAACAAGCGCCGGACUGGACAUCUUUCCAAAAGAAACAUUGCUCAAAGUUGAAAAAUUUAUUAUCCAAGCUACUUCACUCACCAGUUCUGUGCAACAUGAGAGCACGAGAAUCACACGAGACAUGGUUUUAAGAGAGGGAAAUUAUCUUUUGCAGUAUGUGAUUUCUCUAGACGAUGAGUUUGAAAAAGCCAUUGACUGUACUAAGAAACACGAAAAAAACUAUGAAAUUCUCCGAAAUUGCAGACUUGCCCGCAACAAUUUGAUUCUGGAAAUAAACCUCAUCAGUGAGUGCACAAUGCUAGAGAGCAGAGAUGAAUUCGACAGAAAAAAAGACCACUAUGUUCAGCGACUUCGAGAAAUAAGAAAGGUCUUUGAUGACCAAGGAAAGAUACAACAUGGUGUAUUACAAAUACCAAAGGAGGUAAACAGCACUCCCAAAGAUGAUCUUGAAGCUGAAACGAUAUUGUUGAAUCUCACGCCAAAACGUAUUGAUGUCUUGAGUUUACUCGGAGAAACAAUUGAUCACGCAUUUGAAUCUGCCGUUAAACUGUGGGGCGUUCAUCGCUUUGAUCGACCCAUUUUAAGCGUGGAUCUGGAGUUAGUAAACAAUCGCACAGCUUUGAAUCAAGAACCAGAGGCAGUGUCAGGAAAUUUAGCAGGGACCUUGGGUAUAAGCUAUGAUGCAGUCAAUUUCCAGGGAAUGGGCCCUGAAGAUCAAGUCAAAGAAAUUGCAUUGGACCUGUCUGGAUUUUCCUACGAAGAUGAGGGUGACGGCUACGAUCCUGAACUCACUUUCGACGAUUCAGACAACAAGCACAGUCCACCCUCAAGUGCAACCAAUGGUGUGUUUGUACCUGGAAAAUCAAGUUUAAAAAGGACAAAUCGCAGUGAGGAGAGAGCGGUGAAAAGAGUUCGUUUUGAAGUAUGAAAACGGCUCUCAUUUUUAAUAGUCUCUACUCAAAUAUCUACAUAUGCCAUUAUCCUGUUCAUGACUGUCAAGCAAUAUUGUCAGAGUUGUUGAACGAUAACUAUACUUCGACACAACACGGUCUACCAUGACAAAAAUUUCAAUAAUCUGAACAUUUCUCACGUGAAAGUAUCCAUGUAUUCAUUCGUGUACACAUCUAAGCUAAAUUUCCAGACUUUUUCAUGUGCCAGUAAGAGGUCAAGAAUGGGAAAGCAAAGAAGAAUCCGUAGGUCCCCCACCACACAAUACCAAAAGGAAUCUUUCUGUCCUUAACUUUGAAUGGCAAGUUGGAAUAAAUACCAGUUUUUGGGGAGCCGUAC